AUGAGCGCACAAUCCGACGCGUCGAGGUCUGUCAAGCGAAGAAGGAUGGACGAUGGUGAAGACGAGUUGUCACCUUCGCCCCGAAGUGGCUCACCUCGAUUGGCCACUCCGGAGCCAUACAUUGCCUCUACGUCGCCACCUGAUGCUGAGCACGCGCAAGACGUGCAAAUCUACAGCACAUCUUCUACCGAGGCAGCUCCUUCUGCACUUCCCUCGUGGUCCGAAUGGCAGGGUCCCUCCUCUCUUGCCUCUAUGCUUCUCCAUCCGGACUCUAACCCAUCCCAAAAAUCAGGCAAAGGACCGAAUGUCCCCAUUGCCCCGCAGCCACCCAUCAUUGCCUUCCCCUUCAACUUUGGCUACAGUGCCACUGCUCCAAAAGACAGCACAACUCAGAACCCCAAUCUGGCGGCUAUUGGCGUCGACCGAGGAACCUCUGGUGGUCUAGCCAUUGACCCUACAUUGUCGAGUCUUCGUUCCGGUGCUCAAGGAGGAAACCCCCUGUCAGAACACAAUUCACCAUUGCCUGACAUCGAAAUCACAGAAGACACGCUUCAGUCCGCCUCGGAUCAAAAUUCAGCGGCUCUCCAAGCCGCUCUCGAACAAGCUAGAGCAGAAGCAGCAGCCAUGGACAUGGAUGGUGGGAAUGGAAUGGAUCAUUCAGGAUCGACCGGACCCGGUAGUGUGGUUGGAUCGAAUGGUGGUUUGGCUCCUCCAGAUGAUGGGACGCCAAGGAAAGAGCAGCCUUUCUCGAGAUCUCCAGAGCUCAAAAUUACGCACAAGCUGGCAGAAAGGAAGAGGAGGAAAGAGAUGAAAGAUCUGUUUGACGAGUUGAGUGAAAUGUUGCCAGUCGAGAGGGGUUCCAAGUCUAGCAAAUGGGAGAUAUUGUCACGAGCCAUCGACCAUAUUCGUUCCGUCAAAAGACACAAUGAUGAACUCGUCGCUGAGAAUCAAAAACUCCGCCGGGAACUCGAGAUCACUCGCGGAAAUGGCGGUCAAGGGGGCACGAACACCACAUUCAGCACCACGGGCCAAAACUUCAAUUACAACCUUGCGUCGUACGCUUCAGAUGCGAACGUAACAGGAUCUGCGGAUGAUGGCGCGACAGUUGACCCAGCUCUCAAUCCUGCUUUGAACGGCAAGACAGAGUAA